CCGGCCGGAAACGCGGCCGCGGGGCGGGGCGGGGCCGCGGCCACACCCACCCCCCCCCCGCGGCGCGGAACCUCCGUGCGCGGCGUGAGGAGCCGGGCGGGCCCGGCAGUGCGGCGGCACCAUGAGCACCAAGCAGGUGACGUGCAGGUACUUCUUGCAGGGCGUGUGUCGGGAGGGCAGCAAGUGCCUGUUCUCCCAUGACCUGGCCACCAGCAAAUCCUCCACCAUCUGCAAGUACUACCAGAAGGGGCAGUGUGCCUACGGCUCCCGCUGCAGGUACGACCACGUGAGGCUCCCUCCGGCGGGCGGAGCCGCGCCCCCGCCGCCCCCCGCGGCCCCGGGCAGCCCCCGGGCGCCCCCCGAGCGCGGCCCCGUCGCCCCGCGCAGCAGGAGGGAGAAGAGGACGCUGGUGCUGCGGGACAGAAACCUGUGCGGCUCCAGCGAGGAGAAGCCGCGGCCCGGCGCCCCCGGGGCCGUGCCGUGCUGCAGCGACGCCGGCGACGGCGAGGAGGCCAAGCCGCACUCCUACCUGGAGGCCAUCUGCAGCGGGCUGGAGGAGGCGGCGCCCGGCGGCUGCCCCGGCGCCGCGGAGCAGCUGUGUCCCUACGCCGCCGCCGGCGCCUGCCACUUCGGGGAGCGCUGCCUCUACCUGCACGGCGAGCUCUGCGAGAUCUGCGGCCUCCAGGUGCUGCACCCCUUCGACCAGGAGCAGAGGAAGGCCCACGAGAUGAUGUGCAUGGCAACCUUUGAGCACGACAUGGAGAGGGCCUUUGCCAUCCAGGCCAGCCAGGACAAGGUGUGCAGCAUCUGCAUGGAGGUGGUGUAUGAGAAGCCCUCGGCCUCGGAGAGGAGGUUUGGGAUCCUGUCCAACUGCACCCACACCUACUGCCUGUCCUGCAUCCGCCAGUGGAGGUGUGCCAAGCAGUUCGAGAACCCCAUCAUCAAGUCCUGCCCCGAGUGCCGCGUCAUCUCCGAGUUUGUCAUCCCCAGCGUGUACUGGGUGGAAGAGCAGGAGAAGAAAAAUGAGCUGAUUGAAGCAUUUAAGCAGGGAGUGGGGAAAAAGCCCUGCAAGUACUUUGAGCAAGGCAAAGGAACGUGUCCCUUUGGAGGCAAGUGCCUGUACCUGCACGCCUAUCCCGACGGGACGCGCGCGGAGCCCGAGAAGCCGCGGAAGCAGCUCAGCUCCGAGGGCACGGUGCGGUUCUUCAAUUCCGUGCGCCUGUGGGACUUUAUCGAGGACAGGGAGAGCAGGAGCGCGCCCGGCGCCGACGCCGAGGUCACGGAGCUGGGGGAGCUCUUCAUGCACCUGUCUGGGGCUGAGGAGGAGCCCACGGCUGCCAGGGAGCACACACAGCCCCUCUGAGCCCAGGGCCGCUGCCCACUGGCCAUGCUUUUACUCUCUCCAGCACAGGUAGAACAAAACGUGCCCUGGUGGUUACUUGUGCAGUCCUGGUAAAGUUUUCAGAUAGUUUUUAUAUGGCAACAACAAAGAAAAGACUAAAAUAUAUUUAAAAGAAAAAAAAAAUUGGCUGCAUGGAAAAAAAAUCCCUUAACCCCAGGAGGGUUUUCUCCCUCUCUGGCCUAACAUUUGCUGUCUUGUGAGCUGAGUGGUAGUGUAAAUACAGGUCCAGUGAAAGCUUAAGCUGGUAAAAACUGUUGCUAAUUAGAGUUUGGGUGCUUCUGGGUUUUUUUCUCCACUAAAUCAGCUAAACGUAUAACUACAAAACCCACUGGGAAUAAUGGUCAGUGUGGGGUUUUCUCCUUAGAAAGGAGCUGGUACCUGACUCCUCAGAGAGCACCUGGAGUGCAGCAGAGGCUGCUGGAUUCUCUGGGCAGGCCGGGCUCUGCAGUGCAGCUCCCAGCCUGCUGCACACCAGCCCAGUGCUCAGAGGCAGCAGCAGCUCCUGCUGCAGCACCGAUGCAGCUGCACU